CAUCUGCGGAGGUUGGGUUUAUUAGGUGGUGGCUUGGAGCCCUGAACCCAUCAGAGACGCUCUGUGUGCUUGUCAAGCGGGAGUUGACUGCUUGAGAUGCAUAAUUCAGCUGCGGAUAGAGAUCGACCAGUGCGGAGCCGAAAAUUGUAGAGGAAGUUUGAUGGUAACUGGUGGUUGUGUGAAGGAUUUUAGUGUGCGUGGUAGUCGGGUUUGAAAUUGAUAGGUUUAUCGAAUUCUCUGUCUGUAGAAAACAACGACCCAGGGGAUUGGUAACGACGAACCUGGAAGAAGCGAAUUCAUUCCUACAGAUUGCCAAUUCAAUCAGAAAUUUCAAGCUUGGGACACGAAACUAGUGAAGGGAUAGUGGUUGAAUUUAAGAAACAGAAAUGGCGCUCAUUGCGGUUUCAAUUUCGGUCAUGCCCCCUUUUUUUAGCAUUUUCGAAAUAUGGGCGUGUGUUUUGCUGUUUGCGACUGUGGGGUUCUUCCUGUAUCGGCAACAGGGAAGCAAGGGCGCAGAGCCACAGCCCUUGCAGGCCAAGAAGGUGGAGGAGAUCGAGGAACUGCCGGAGGACACCAUCCAGAAUCAUGUGUCGGUGUUUUUCGGUACUCAGACCGGCACAGCAGAAGGAUUUGCCAAGGCUUUGGCGGAGGAAGCACAGUCUAGGUACGGCGAUAGCGUUGAGUUUAAAGUGUUGGAUCUGGAAGAGUAUGGAGCCGACGAUGAUCAGUACGCGGCGAAGCUUAAAAGGGAGAGAAUCGCAUUCUUCGCAGUGGCAACCUACGGCGACGGUGAGCCAACAGAUAACGCCGCUCGGUUCCACAAGUGGCUGGUUGAUUCCAGCGAGGACAACGAUUUCAAGCUGAAAGGGAUGAAAUUCGGCGUAUUCGGCCUCGGAAACCGCCAGUACGAGCAUUUCAACAAGGUGGCGGUGCAGAUUGACGAAGCGCUGGAGAAGUACGGUGGAGAGCGCUUGGUACAAGUUGGACUAGGCGACGACAACGACUGCAUCGAGGACGAUUUCGCUGCAUGGAAGCUAAAGCUGUGGCCUGCUCUUGAUGAAAUUUUGGGCACAGGCCAAACUACUCCGACAGCUACUUACACCGCCGCUGUUGCAGAGUAUCGCCUGGUCACAUACGAGGCUGGAACUGAGGUCCACGAAGAAUCAUACGAAGCUAGGAAGAACGGCCAAGGUGUAUUCGACGUCAGCCACCCUUGCAAAGCUGAAGUGGCAGUGGUAAAAGAGCUUCACACCGCUCUCUCAGACAGGUCAUGCACGCACUUUGAGUUCGACAUCGCAAACACGGGGAUCACCUACGAGACAGGUGAUCAUGUGGGAGUGUUCGUGGAAAACAGCAGCGAAGACGUGGAAGAAGCGGCAAGGCUCCUCGGCGUUGAUCGGGAUAUGAUUUUCUCUCUUCAUGUGGAUGCCAAGGCUGCAUCCAAUCUACCCCAACCAUUCCCAGGCCCGCUCACCGUGGACACCGCAUUACGACGAUAUGCAGAUUUGCUGAACCCUCCCCGUAAAGCAAUUCUGAGCAUUCUGGCAGCGUACGCCCAGGAUCCCGAGGAAGCAGAACGUUUGAAGUUCCUCGCUUCAGUAGAUGGGAAGGAUGAGUACGCACAAUGGGUUGUGGCAAGCCAACGCAGUCUCUUGGAAAUCUUGGCUGCGUUCCCCUCCGCGAAAGUGCCACUCGGUGUCUUCUUCGCAGGAGUUGCCCCACGAUUGAUGCCACGGUUUUACUCCAUCUCUUCGUCUCCGGCAAUUCAUCCAACCAGGAUCCAUGUCACUUGUGCUCUGGUCUACGGCAAAAGCCCCACCGGGCGCAUUCACCGCGGGGUCUGCUCCACCUGGAUGAAGAACGCAAAUUCAAUUGAGAAAUCGGGCCCCAAGAAUUGCAGCUCGGCUCCCAUUUUCGUCCGAAAAUCGAGCUUCAGGCUGCCAGCCGAUCCAGCAACACCUAUUGUGAUGGUCGGGCCUGGCACAGGACUGGCGCCAUUCCGAGGCUUCUUGCAAGAAAGAGAUGCCCUUCAGAAAUCUGGUGCUACCCUAGGCCCCGCGAAGCUCUUCUUCGGAUGCCGCUCGAGCGACAAGGACUUCAUCUACGAGGAUGAGCUGAACGACUACGUGAAGAACGGCAUCACCGAGAUCGUGGUGGCAUUCUCCCGGCAGAACUCACAAAAGGAAUACGUGCAAGACAAGAUGCAGCAACACGCGAGCGACAUCUGGAGAUUACUGAGCGCUGAUGGGUACCUGUACGUGUGCGGCGACGCGAAGGGCAUGGCAAGGGAUGUGCACAGGGUGGUUCACAGCAUUGUGCAGCAAGAAGACGGCGUCGACAGCAGCAAGGCGGAAGAAAUCGUCAAGCAGCUGCAGCAGGAUGGGCGCUACCAGAGGGAUGUGUGGUAACUCGUCAUCGAAACAACUCCAUCUCUCAGUCCAAUCGAACUUCAGCGAUGGUUUUACUGUAAAGAUAAUUUUAAACAUCCACUGCUUAGAGUUAGUCGAAAUUCACACAAUCAGUGCGCACAUUGUGCAAUAGCAGCUGCGAAUUCAGGUAUUUGUUAGGAACACCCCAUAGCGACCAUAAUCCUUCGGCAGAGACAACCGUUCAACAGCAAGUUGAUGAAGUUGAAUGUUAGUUCACAAGUUCAAGGAUGUAUCUAACUAGAUGAGUCAAGAGCAAGAUGGCCGAUUCAUCUUCACUUUACAAUCACGAUGGACAAAACCUACCCAAAAAAAAGUGAAGGCAUUUCAGCCCGGCACAUGUUUCAACUACAAA